AUGUCAGCUUCUCUUUUAUAUUCCAUCUCUUUCCUACUGUUUUCUCCAGUGCUCAGUGCAAACUUUACUGGGUCAAUCCUUCAGGCAUUCGCAGCCCCCGGUUCUCAAUACCGACCUAAAUUCAGGUACUGGCUUCCUGAUGCUAGUAUCCCUUCAGAUCUCCUACGCCGAGACAUAGCCAGCGUCUCCUCCGUUGGAGCCGGUGGCUUCGAGUUCCUACCAUUUUACCUGUAUGGUGAUGUAGUGGGCGCGGCAACUCCACCCAACGACUGGAGUACUUACGGAUUUGGAACCCCAGCAUUCCGGGACUUGUUCCAGGUUGCGUUAGAAGCUGCAAAAGACAAUGGAAUACUUUUCGAUUUCGCAGUUGGUGCCAGCCAGGGCCAAGGUGUACCAUCCACUCCCGCAACUCUGGGCUUGGCUAUGGAACUUAGAUAUGGACAUGAUACAAUCGUUGGAGGGGAAGCUUUCAAUGGAGAAAUUCCAAAAGCUGCUGAUUUUUGGUAUCUUUCUGGAUUUAUGGGGGACCUCGAACCAUUUGGGGAAGACAAACUUGUUGCUGUCCUUGCUGGUGAGAUCAGGUCGCGUGACCUCGUCAAUAUCACGAUUGCGGCGGGUGCUUACUCAGAAUUCCCCAUCCUUGAAACGGUGCUCCAGGAGUCAACUGUCAUUGACCUCACAUCCGAAGUCGUGAAUGGCUUCCUUCGCUGGACUCCUCCUGAAAACGGUUCUUCUUACGCUCUCAUCGCAUUUUACGAACGAUAUACUAAUCAGAGGUCCUGUAUCGGCGGUGUGAAUCCGACAGAUUUUGUGGGAAAUGGAUCUUGGACAGUAGACCAUUUCAGUGCUGCUGGAUCAAGGAGAAUAACUGAUUUCCUGGAUCAACAUCUCAUCUACGAUGAGGUAAAAGAUUUGCUUGGGGAUGUUGGAGAGUAUUCUUGGGAAGACAGUAUGGAGCAACAAGCUGCGCUGUUCUGGACUUCCGGAUUCUUGCAAAAGUUUGAAGCCGCUCGGGGAUAUAGUGCCAUCCCUUACUUGCCUUUGUUCUUCAACGUCAGCAACCAGUGGGGUCAGGAAUUACCCGCGUACAACGAGACAUGGGUGUACGGACAGUAUGAUCAAGAUGGAAAGAGUGUUCAUCUUGGAGACUACCAGACCACGUUGAAUGAGGGCUAUCAGGAGUAUCUACAACACUUUAAUGAGUGGGCAUCAUCAAUCGGUAUAAAACACUCAUGCCAACCUGGCUAUAACCUUCCCCUCAACAUGCUCGCUGACGUUCCAAUAACCGACGUCCCAGAACUUGAAUCGCUUGGCUUCAACGACGACAUCGACCUCUACCGCCAAUUCGUCGGCCCUGCCCAUCUUGAACAACGGAAUAUAAUCUCAAGCGAUGUCGGCGCAGUCAAAUCGGGAUCGUACUUCCAGACUGUACCAGCGCUUCUGAACCUUUUCAAAAAUUCUUUCGCCGCUGGGGUAAAUAUGAUGGUCAUUCACGGAUUUUCAUACAAGGGGGAGUAUCCAGGAACAACGUGGCCGGGAUAUACUGCCUUUUACUACAUAUACACCGAGCAGUGGAACGAGAAACAGCCUGCUUGGAGACAUUUGAAAGAUUCGCUAGAUUAUACGGCGCGGUGUCAGAUGAUCUUGCAGACUGGUAUUCCACGCGUAGAUUUGGCCCUUUAUCUUUUCCAGGAUCCGUGGUUGGCGAAGGAUGCUUACUUAUCUGAUAAUCUCAACGCUCUUGGUUAUACAUACGAGUACUUGACAUCCGAUAAUCUCUUAUCACCUGUAGCCUAUGUUGAGUCUGGAAUUCUGGCCCCAGAUGGCCCAGCUUACAAGGCCCUCAUCUUCUCCAACCAGACUCAAAUCUCGAGCCACGCUGCUGAGAAGCUACAUUCUUUUGCCUCCAAAGGCUUACCAAUUCUAUUUAUCGGAAGUCUUCCGACGAAUGGAAUUGGUACUGACGGAAAUUCUUCCUUCAUCUUUAAGAGUCUGACAUCUCUCCUAUCGACAUACUUUCAAGUGCAGAUACUCAACGACAGUAGCUUGUUACCAGCUUACCUACAAACUUUGAUGCUGAAUCCUCGAAUUUCGAGUCGGAAGGCAGUUCCAGGGGUAUACACGCAGUGGAGAUUGGUUACCAGUGCAGAUCUGAACAUGGUGUUCAUUUUGAAUCGAGGACCAGAUCAGCUAGUGACAUUCGAUUUCGAAGGAUUCGGCGGCUCAACGCCGUAUGUUUUGGACGCCUGGACCGGGAAUAUCACUUCUCUGAUAACGUAUAACGUCACCAAUACUUGCAUCUCGGCAACGCUAGACUUGAAGGCAAACCAGACAGCCAUCAUUGCGUUCCACAAUUCUUCAGAUCAGCCAACUCAUGUUAUUGCAACCACUGGAGACAUUUCUAGAUUUUCAGUAAAUGAGGGGACCGGAAUCAUCGCACUGGCAUCAGGGCCUGGAAUAGUGAGUCUCUCGAAUGGACAAACAGUCGCCAUCGAUGUUCAGCCAAUACCAUCAAUCAACAUCGGCAACUGGUCGCUUGUCUUGCUAUCGUACCAUCCCUCGGUCAAUACGUCUUCCACUGCCAAUGACGUUAGCACUAUAGAAGUCGGAACCUUAGACAUCUUGAAGCCUUGGACCGAGAUCCCAGGGUUGCAGCACAUCAGCGGCGUCGGAAUUUACACCUCAUCAUUCAACUUUUCUUACUCUCCUUCAGAAGUCGCCGCAGUCAUCAGCUUUGGAUCUGUUUCAAACACGAUACGUGCUUGGGUCAAUGACCAACUGCUUCCACCGAUUGAUCUUGCCGAUUCAAGAGCAGACAUGACACAGUAUCUGGUGCACGGGUUGAAUACGAUUCGUGUGGAAGUCUCGUCUACUUUAUUCAAUGCUGUGAAAGCAAGAAUGAACACUUCUACCACAGCAUAUGUACCGCUUACGCAAACAAACGCUGCUUUUUAUGAAGACAUUGACUAUGUGCCCUUUGGGCUUUUAGAACCUGUGAAGGUGUCGAUGAUGACUCGUGUCCAGCUACCAAGUUAA